CGUUGAGGAGCACGUAACCUGCUUACAAAUGAACAACGUACCCAGCCAAACUCGCACACGCUCUGCACGCCACUUUCGGAGGCGUUGCGCAUCACCGCCGCCGCGCGCUUCCGCUCCACUUGGAACCCUCCUCGGAGCCACGACCGGAGCCCAAGCCGAGCCGAAGCAACAGCGGAUGCUCUCCGGUUGGCGAGACGACACUGCGGCGAGCUGAUCGAAUCGAAUCAGCCUUCCUCCUCCUCCUCUUUCCAUCUGCGAUGCCACAUCUGCACCGGAGGAUGCAUUGCUUCUCUCGUUUUGUUGUUAUUGUUGCGAUAAACUCGCCUCCGCUCCUUUCACCAUGGUGAAGCACCACAUGCAGUCCGGACCGUGAGACUUCAUCAGCGGCUUAUCAGCAGCAAUAAAAAAGCCACUUUAUUGGUCACAGACAGCCUCUACUUCCUGUAAAUCAAGCCUGGAGCAUCAUCGAAGCACCCGGGUGCAAAGACGAAUGGUUCUGAAAACGUAGGACAUGGAGAUGAAGAUUGGGUGCCUUCAAAUCACAGACUGGUAAGUGUAAAUUACUUUUAAAUCAGCUUCUUAACUAAUUCAAUCCCAGCCAUUUUUAAAAAGACAACCCCUUCAAUGAUGGCCAUUUUAGACCAUUUUGACUGAUCUUUCCAGGCACACAGAAUAUUGUGUUGUAUGGUUAUACAAACAUGGAACCUACCAAAAGAAACAUUAGACUGCCGUCUUUCCUCAGAAAAAACACGUUUGUUUCUACCUUUUUGUGUUCUUUAGUAAUCAGCAGUAGAACAUAGGUAGGUUUCAGGAAAAUAUCAGUUCCCAACUAAAAAAGGAAGAAAAACAGCUUUUUGUGAAAAGAUACAUUUCAAGCAUAACUUUUACUUUGACACAAAUUUUUCUUCUCAAAUAUUUAAAACAACUAUACCAAAAUAAACAACACAAAAUGGGUUGUUUCACAUCAAAUGUAACAAUUGAUUUACAGAUAUAACACCAUGAACUAUUUACAAUUUUCACAUUUGGAACUGAACUGUAUGUGUGCAUGUCUGUGCAUGCAUGUGCAUGUGUGCAUUAAGAUUUCCCUACAAUGUGUAAGCUUCUGCACGCUACAGUCCUCCUUGCUGUCAUGUAUGCUUUUUCCAUUCAAAUUCACAUGCCAACUCUUAGUAAAUGCACUUAAGCCACCUCAUGGCCGUUUUCAUGGCUUAAAACUGCUCUCAAAGUGACAGCCAUUUGUGUGCAGUUGGGUCAUCACCUAUUUUUGCCUCUCGUGCAAAAAAAAAAACAUAAAAGACGGGUAAAUACAUAUUUGGGAUCGGGCAUUCGGGUUAAGUAUACAUGCAUCUUUGGUACUGAAUGAGUUAUUAAGCAUAAGGGGGUUUUUAUAGCAUGAUUUAUGAUAUAUUUAAUCACCGCUGCCGCCCCCACAGUAAACAUAACUAUCGCUGUGUGUGUUUAGAUACCAUUUAUAAUGCUUUACAGCCUUGUCGCUAGCUUUAGAAGACAUGACUUACUCUGUUCUGUGGCAACUUUGAUGUCGUUCUUAUUGUCUUUUUUUCCUAUGUAGCUGCGGAAUAGAAUCCUUUUUCAAAAUCUGUUUAAAGCGUACUUGGAAGCCAAAUGCUUCUUGUAAAGGUGUUUCUUCAUAGCAGUCAUCAGUGAAAUGAUCACUGUAAAGAGCAGAAUUCAAGGUGGGCGUGCAUCAGUCUCUUGUUCUCUGCACAUGCUUCAUCCAUUGUUGUCUUCCUCUUUUGGAAAACAAAACCAACUUACUAACACUUAUCACUGGAAUACUGUGAACUUCCAGCAGCAACACAAUUUUUUGGCAUGACUACUAUUAGGAUGAAAAACAUGCUGAAGCAAGUCCACCAUCUACCUCCACAAGCGUUUGUUUACUCUGCUUUAGCUUAGAGGUGUCACCCUGAUGUCAUUUGUGGAAAUGAGACUGAACAGCGAAUAGCGAGAGCUAGCUCAAACACAAUAUAUAACAUAUUUAAGCAAAGUUGAUAAAUCACGUCAGUGACCCUUUAAAGAAAAUGUUGAAAAAGGCUUUGUCACGCAAUGUUAAAAUCUCCACUGCAUCCAUUUUAUGGGAAAGUAGUUUUUGUGUAAACAAUCAACAACGAGGAUGGAAAUGUUGCCCUUGGUGGAGGUAACAAAACUCAGACAAGAGUGCAUGUUUAUGGAGGAACAAUCAUUUCCCCCUGCACACUUGCCUAUAUGCCAUUACUCAUGCUUAAAGCGAAAUUGGUUGCCUCACCUUGUCAACAACACUGUCACCUAGAAGACAGGGAGGAGGGAGUGUGCGUGAUCAAUUGGCCCGUGAUUGAUGAGCUGAGUGGACAGGUGGGCUGUCAGCCCGGUCCCUCUCUCGCAAUACAGCAAAUUGUAUGCCGUUGACAUGCAACAAGAAGAUAGAACACGAGCAGUCAUGUGGGAAAAGAUUUCCCUUGUCCGUUUAAUGUGCAGGUGGAAUCGCUGAAGAGGCUGCAACAGAAAGGCUAUAAAACUUCCCCGCCGCCAUCUUGCAGAUUAUCAGGUUUGCCAGCCCCGGAGGGGAAAAUGAGGAAUUCAUCCAAUUUUAGGCCAGCCGUAAUCAAGUUUUAGAGGGUGAUGAAACAAUGGGCUUUGAGACAAUCAGAUAUUACAAACGUGGGUGUGAUCCACGCAUGUCCACCCACCAGGCCUCUGAGCAGAUUAAACUCAUCUGGCUUUGAUUCAUCAGCUUUAGGACACACCACUCAAAACGUCUGUGAUAUUUCAGCCAUCAUGGAAGUGAGUAGAAGUCAUUUUCUCUAUAUAUUCGGGUCUUCCUUCACCCCCUCCCUUUAAGCUUAUUUAUGACCUAUUAACAUCAUGCAGUAACACUUUAUUAUUAGGCAGAAAGCCAACAGGCCUAUUUAUCUUUCACUCUUGAGACUUAUGCUAACUUUCAUACACAUGCAGAGGUUAUCAAAUGUGUUUUUGGUGUCAGAGUGCAGAGGCUCUUUUGGGUGUACUCCCACUCGGCCACUGGUACCGUGUUUUGGUCCACUUCGAUUUUUUUUUCAUCAUUCACAAUCCUUAUGUGAGACCUGAACACACGUCUUUCUUUUUUCUGUGCAUUGUAAAUGUCUAAAAAGUGCUUAAGAGAGGCUGCUAAGAAUGCACGUAAUGGGACGCAGCUAUUCCGCUUAUAAAGCCUUCUGAAAAAAACUCCAAAAAGAGCCAACAAGACUCCAUUUCCAUAAUGUGAGCUGCUUAUUAACCACAUUUUUAUUAUUGUUAUUAACAUUGUUACGCCCAAGAACUACGCUACUGGCGUAGUGACACCUCGCCACACCACAUCUACUAGCCGGCUAGCGACUAGCUUCACUACACACUUGCUCACAAUGCCUCAGGCCACUAGCCAAAGGUAAUGCUACAUAUUGGAGCAGCUGCCACUGCUGUUGUGUUUUUGUUUUUGACGCUAGGUGUAGCGUUCCUUUCUGUUGCUAUGUGAACUCCGCUGAUGCUUAAAAUGACCAAAAUACUGUAAGUAUUACAUGUUGUCAUCAAUGUUAUCUUUUUUUGUGCAUUUUCAAGAUAUAAAAACAGCUAAAAGAGGCAGCUAAUGAAUGCACGUAAUGGGACACACCUAGUCCGCUGAGCAAGGCCGCUAUUAAAACACCUCCAAAAAGCUUCAACAAGGUUGAAUGGUUUUCUAUCCAUGCUGUGAACAUGUAGUAACAGGUACAUUCAUGAUAACAUGUCAUAAGUAGUAUUUUGCCCUGUUUUGAAUAUUGUAUUUUAAUUCCUGGGCACAUUGAUACCACAUAGAAAUAGAGAACGGAAUGACUAAACAAAAACAAAAGCAAAAGCAAAAACAGCUCCAAUAUGUAGCGUUACCUUUGGCUAGUGGCGAGUUCUUGGGCAUAACAAUGUUAAUAAUAAUAAUAGUAACAAUGCAGCUCACAUUACGGAAAUGGAGCCUUCUUGGCGCUUUUUGAAGGUUUUUUUCAGAAGGCUUUAUAAGUGAAAUCGGUGCGUCCCAUUACGUGCAUCCUUAGGUGCCUCUUUUUAUUGUUUUUAUAUCUUUAGAACACACAGAAAAGAGAAAGACUUGUGUUCAUGUAUCACAUUAAGAUUGUGGAUGAUGGGCAAAAUCCCCCCACCAAAAAAGAUCACUGAUCCGUGCCGAAGCACAGCACACUUCCCCUCCUUUGGCAUAUGUGGAAGGGUUGCGGUCAGGGCACGGCACGCAAUGUAGACGAGUCACAAAAUUGCAGUUGUCCUCUACUUAGCUACUUAGAACGUCCUUAAGAUCCAAUAGUGUACAUUCUUGCAAUUUUUCAACUCAUUUUAAAAUUUUUAUCAGAAGUGUAUAAACAGAGCAUCCUGGCCAGCGUUGCUAGAUGCGCUUAUUAUAAGCGACUUUGGGCUUGAUUUUUUGUAAAGUCGCUUGCCAAUUCCCCUCUUGUUUUUGGCUUGUUUUCAGAGAGCUAGUGGCUUCUUUCUUUUGCAAGUCCUGGCAACACCUUUCGUCUGCUAGCGGCUGCACAGACGCAUGACAAAGACUUAUACGAGCCACACUGUGCUGCCAACUAUGUCUCUGUUGAAGUGAUUAUGCACAACACUUACCUGCGAGACACAGCUGUUGCCCUCUAUUCAAUUUAUGACGAGCAUCUUGACCUGGAUGGCUCGCAAUUUGCACAAACAAUACAGAUCGCUGCAGUGUGAUUGGCUUCUUUUUUACAUGACAAAGUACAAACGUUUGGCUUCCUCCAUUCAUAUAUUCAUGUACUUUAUGUCUUUAAUAGUGUGAUAGCAGAAUUAAUAUUUUAGUCAUCUUUUCUUCUCCCAAGUUUAGUCUAAACAGUCUAACAGCCCUCAUAUAUUUCUUCCAGGGUCCCAGCCAGAGGUAUCCUAGUGGUGCCUCGCGGUGGUUCUGAUUUAUUGUUCCUUAUCUGGGGAGAAGAAAUGUCUGUUUUGCAUGAACAGCCUCUGUGUAUGUGCUGACAUGUCCUCAUUAUAUAAGCCUGUGCGUCUUCUUUGUCUCGGGGCACUCUCCAGGAGACAACCACAUUGAAUGUCCUCUCUGCUCGAUUGGCGCCUUCCCAAAGCUUUGGUAAUAAAAUAAAAAGAAAAUUGCCAGAACAAUAGCCACUAACGGUCGACACAGUUGUGUGUUUUUCUCCACAUGAGUGACCGCGCAACAAUUUAGAUCAUAGCUAAAGUUACAUCCACCCAACAUCCACAAUCCAUCGGCCGCUAAAUAGUAUCGGCCGAUUUGCGUGAAAAACGCCUUUCAAAGCCAAUCACAACAACCGAUGAGUGCGGCGGCAAACCCCACGUGUGCUGUGUCACAUAGGGUUGCCAACACCCGUAUUGAGCCAACAAGGGAUGCAGUUUGUCCACGACAAUCAACACUAGUCUGUAAAAACUCAGUGGCUUCAGUUUGACAUGGCCAUCAUUUAUUCAUUAAUUAUAUUUUAAAACCGUGAUAUAGCGAGGGAGCGAUAUAGCAAGGGACGAUUGUAAUUUGAACAAAAGUCAAAACUGACAGUACACUCAUGACUACAUUUGUGUACAUCAUAAAAAUGUGUCAUUUAACUAACUGCGAUCGCGUCUCCGCAAGUAACUAAAGACAGCAGCCACCUUCUGCAAUUGAAAUAAUCAAACUAACUCAAAAUACGACUGGAAAUAAUCCACAAUAUCAGGGAAAUUGCAGAAGUUUCCAAGAGAUGGGACAGGCUAACGGGUGGUAGCACGAAUGCUCAGUGUGGAGGAGGGGGGAAUCGUGGGCAAAUGGCCUAGUGUGCAUACACCCUUCAGUGUGUCAGGAAGGGAGGUGGGAAACUAUCAAUACUCAUGUUUCAGUGGCAGACGUUUUUCAGAGGCAAUCAUGCAUACAGGACCUCGCUCAAUCACGCUCAACUGUCACCAUUACAAUACACCUGAGCUGGUAUUGAUUUGCUAUUACAAUGCCAUCGAUCCAUCUGAAGGGUUAACAUGCCCGGGGACAGUGCAGUGGUCUGUGUCCCGCCAUAUGAUAAAGAGACGUCGAUUCAAUUUCACUGUAAAGUCAAUGAUCAUUGCUCAUUCUGAAAUCAAUACUGAGGUUUAUACGGUCCCGGAGUUAUGAGCUGCCAAAAGGAGCCACAUGAAACCGUGUCUGCAUACCCCCAUUGUGCAGUGUCCACAAACACAGCGGUCAAACAAGACGCCACACAAAUAAGUCAAUUCAUUGUUUGUUUGAAACAAGAUGGCAUCAAAAUAGGAGCCUACACGAGCAAGAUAAUGAAGCACAGACAGGGCGGUGACAGGGCACCAAGCUGCGCCAGAGCCAGUAUAAUUAAUAAUGAAAACAGUGAGAUAAAACUGUAGUAACAGCAGAGCUUGGAAUAUGUGUGAUGCAUCAUCACAGCAGUGGCUUUGACCAAAGAUGAAGAGUUCUUGCUGUCUUACAGACAAUGUGAACCAUAGAAACAAACACAAUUUAAGUUGUUGUUUUUUUUUUUUUUAUACCUUUGGUGCAUGUUAGACUCGCACAUGUCAUGAAUUACAAACAUAUUUCUUCUCCCGAGAAUGUAAAAGUCACUUUGUAAGAUUAGAAGAAGUGUUUGCAUGUCUUUGCAGGCAUGGUGCCCACGCCCCAGGUGUGCGUAUCCACCCUGGUCACGGUGAGCACGAUGGCAGUGGUGGACCUCUACCUGCUGGAGCAGAGCAUGCUGGGGGCUCGUGGGGUCCUAGGUCCUAGCGUGUGGCAGUGCGUGGCUGUGUUGCUAGGUGACCUGGGCUUCUUGCUGGCGCUACGCUUCGUGUCAGCCGGGGUGGUGUCUGAGGCACGGUCGUCGCGGCGGGGCUUUGCCAACGCCCUGUGGUUCCUCUUCCUGUCACUGCUCCAGCUCAAGCUCUUCUUCGUCUGCCACAACUACAGGCAGGAGCGUCGGCCGCCCGACCCGCUUGCCAGAAAGGUUCUGACACUUCUACUGUCCAUCUGCCUGCCCUCGCUGUUUCUGAUCCUCACAGGGGCCGACUACAUGACCCCACAACGCCGGAAACAGGAAGUGCGGGGUCGACUGCUGUGGGUGGUGGUGGACCUUCUGGAUGUGCUAGAUCUGCAGGCUGGCCUGUGGGAGGCCCAAGGAGGGGCUCCGGGGCCUGAACAAAGGUUGCCAAUCUGGGCGGAGGGCUUAGUCUUCUUUUACUGCUAUGCCCUCCUGUUACUACUACCGUGUGUGGCCCUGACAGAACUGGGGGCCACAGGUCUUCCAGGACAGAGGGGGCCCCGUAAGGAGGCCUUGUACCCUUGGCUCAGCCUGGUCACUAUCAACAUCUUCACCCUGGGCCUGAGGGGCGCAGGCAUGCUGUGGUAUAGGGAUCCCCGAGUCUCCACAGUGUUCCUGGGGAAGAACCUGUUGGCGCUGGCUGUGAAGCUGAGUUCAGCCUGGGAGAGACACAAGCAGGAGGGCAGUCCCGGCGGGGCUGGGACGUCAGCUGGAGCCAAACCCACAGAGUCAACAUUGCCGAGCCAGAGCUCGGAGCAGGGAGAGGGCCAGUCUCAAGGGAAAGUCGCCUCCUCUCACUAUCACACGCUAUCUUGCUCUCAAAGCCACACACUCUCCCAUGUCAGCCCAGGGCACACAGAAACACCCUUGGCUCAAUCUUUCAUCUCUCAUGAACUCUAGACUCCCUCACAGGCACAAACAUAAAGUAUGCAUAUCUAUGCACACCCACUGCAAAACCCCCCCAGAGAAGCCAAACAGCUCAGUACGAUGCUGUGAAGUUUGGAUUUGUCCACAUUUUCUUGUACUGCAAACAACUUGGAUCAUGGCGUUUUUGGUGGGUGUUGAAGGAAAACUUGACAUUUUUAAAAUUUUGCCCGUCAUCCACAAUCCUUAUGUGAGACAUGAACACGUUCCCCUUUCCCUUUUCUGUGCAUUCUAAAGCAAGAAAAACAGUUAGCAAGAGGGAGCUAACAAUGAACGUUAGACUACAAAGCCCUCUAAAAAAAAACGCCAACAAGGUUUUAUGUUUUUUUAUCCAUGCAAUAACAGGUACAUUCAUGAUAACAUGGAAUACACUAUUUUGCUGUAUUUUGACCCUUGUAAACAUUACUGGAACUUCUUUCGUGGGCACAUAGAUUUCACCGAGCCAAUACAUGUACGUAAAUAGGAACGAACGCUACCUCCAUCAACAGCAGCAGCAUAGAAAGGGCGUGUCUAUUUGCAGCUACUAAUCAUGGCCGACUCUGUGAGAGCCGCCGCCUGCUUUUGGAUAAAUGAGGAUCCAGAACCUUAUCUUUUUGAGCCUGAAUAUAUGAAGGAUGAGCUACAGGUUUUAGAAGCUGAACGAGCAAAAAGAGGGGGAGAAAACUCAGACCAGACAGGGGGCAAGAGAGUCAGGAUUGGCAUGACUUGAAAUGUGGAGCUUGCGAAGCCAUGCUGACAGAAAUGGAGUGCUACAUACAGUGUUACCAUGGAUGGAAAGGCUUUGUCUAUAUAGUGAGGACACUGCUCCAAGUGACUGCAUCACAACAAACGAAGAGUUGUUAGCACUAACAAACCCUACAGUGGUAGAAACUUUUUUUCCACCAACCCAAAAUCAACUGGAAAAGAUGCCCCACACCAGCUGGACCAGACGGACAACUGUCCAUCUGUUGAUUGUGAUACAUGGAGCACAUAGUGCUUUAUCAUAGCUAUAUACACAGUCCAGCGAGCUGUGCACAAUGUGGGCUAAUACAUUACACAUCAUUCAUCAUUGUUCAUAUACUUGUUCUUGCUUCCAAGCCAGGACAGAUUGGUGUCCUAUCGCAUUGUCACAGUAGUGGCGUGAGGUGCUGCGCCAGAAAAGUAGUUCAUCAAACUAACAAUGUCACUGUAGCUUGGUUUAUAAACAGAUCACAUUAUGUCAAUAGAAGAGAGCUGGCGUUUUUUUUUCUUUUUUUUUUUCCUUCGGGGUUUAUAGUCUAAAUAGGUGUGUCCCAUUACGUGCAUUGUUAGCUCCCACAUGCUAGCUGUUUUUCUCUCUUUAGAAUGUACAGAAAAGGGAAAGACACGUGUGGUCAUGUUUCACAUAAGGAUUGUAGAUGAUGAGCAAAAUUCCAAAAAGAUCAGUUUUCCUUUAACACUGAAUCCACUUUGUAUUAUUCCAAGAAUGUAUGUGUCUGUAUGUUUUAUAGUGCUGGUUGCUCUGCAUAUGUUGUUUUGUCUGUCCCAGUUUUUGAGCUUUUAAUUCUUUUGAAACACUUAUAUGUUAGUAAUCUGAGUCAAGUCAUUGUGUAGGGAUGGGGAAGACCACUGCAAUUAACUUAUUUGUCCAUCUAAAAAAAAAAAAAAAAAAAAAAAACACAU